AUGAGUUCCAAAGAAGAAGUGGUUCAAGUUUGGAAAGCAGCUGAUGCUGUCUGCUUUGAUGUGGAUAGUACCGUAUGUAUUGAUGAAGGAUUGGACAAGUUAGCCGAUUAUUGUGGUGUUGGUGAGCAAGUGAAAGACUUAACGAACAAAGCCAUGGGUGGCACUACCACUUUUCGAGAAGCGUUGAAGCAGAGGCUCGAUAUCUUUAAACCCAACCAACAAACUCUGCAAAAAUUUGUAGAAGCGAAUCCUCCGCAGUUAACCCCAGGUCUCAGUGACGUUGUUCGAACGCUACAAGAACGAGGGACUAAAGUCUACUUGGUAUCUGGCGGUUUACGAGCUAUUAUCGAACCUGUUGCCACAGUUUUAAAUAUACCUUUCGAAAACAUUUUCGCAAAUCGAUUGUUAUUUUUCUACAACGGUGAAUACGCAGGAUUUGACGAAUCUCAACCGACCUCUGAAUCCGGUGGAAAACCGAGAGUUGUUGCACACCUAAAAUCGUUAUACAACUAUAAAAACGUUGUUAUGAUUGGUGACGGUGCAACUGAUAUGGAAGCAUGUCCACCUGCUGACGCAUUUAUUGGCUUUGGAGGAAAUGUAGUAAGAGAAAAAGUCAAGAAUGGAGCUAAAUGGUUUGCUACUGAUAUGGCAGAACUUUACGAAGCUUUAAAAUCGGCCUAA